UGUUGUCAUCAACGUCUAUCAAAGCUAGGAUUAAACAUACACCAAGGCCAGCACAGGCGUGCAGUCCAGCCACGGAAGGAGCCUGAAGCCCAGAGUCUUGUCCUGUGUGCUCUGAAAGCCUUCCUGCCCACCAGCAGCGCUGAUGGAACUGAGAUACAGAUACACGUUGACUAAGGAGUUGGAACAAGAUUGAGUCCUGCUCUGUGAUCUGUAUAUACCCGGACCAUGAACUUGCUCUUUGGCUUUAUGCUUUAGGACCCUUUGUAGUAACUCCGUGAGAAGCUGUUGGGAAUCAUGGCAUUCUCUCCAUGGAAGCUGUCCUCUCAGAAACUUGGCUUUUUUCUGGUGACUUUUGGUUUUAUUUGGGGAAUGAUGCUUCUGCAUUUUACUAUUCAGCAGCAAACACAGCACGAAAGCAGUUCAGUCCUGCGUGAGCAAAUUUUGGAUCUCAGCAAAAGAUACAUCAAAGCAUUAGCUGAAGAAAAUAAAAAUGUGGUUGAUGGGCCUUAUGUCGGAACAGUGACAGCAUACGAUUUGAAGAAAACGCUUGCUGUCUUGUUGGAUAAUAUCUUGCAGCGCAUUGGGAAGCUAGAGUCCAAGGUGGAAAAUCUUGUACUGAAUGGAACAGGAGCAAACUCUACCAACAAUACUAGCACCACUCCUGCUCCCAGCUUAGGAGCAGUCGAAAAGCUUAAUGUAGCAGAUCUCAUAAAUGGAGCCCAAGAACAGUGUGAAUUGCCUCCUAUGGAUGGUUUUCCUCACUGUGAAGGGAAAAUAAAGUGGAUGAAAGAUAUGUGGCGAUCGGAUCCCUGUUAUGCAAGUUACGGUGUAGAUGGGUCCACGUGCUCCUUUUUUAUUUACCUCAGUGAGGUUGAAAAUUGGUGUCCUCGUUUACCUUGGAGAGCAAAAAAUCCUAAUGAAGAAACCGAUCAAAAAACAGUGGCUGAAAUUCGUAUCAACUUUGAUCCUCUCUACAAAAUGAUGUCAAGGCAUGAGGAAUUCAGGUGGAUGAUGUUACGCAUCAGACGAAUGGCUGAUACCUGGAUUGAAGCAAUUAAAUCACUUGCAGAAAAGCAAAAUUUGGAGAAGAGAAAACGAAAGAAGAUUCUUGUUCAUCUGGGGCUUUUGACGAAAGAAUCUGGAUUCAAGAUUGCUGAGAAUGCAUUUAGUGGUGGCCCACUUGGUGAAUUAGUCCAGUGGAGUGAUUUAAUUACAUCUCUCUACUUACUGGGCCAUGACAUCAGGAUUUCAGCUUCUCUGGCAGAGCUCAAGGAGAUUAUGAAGAAGGUUGUAGGUAACAGAUCUGGCUGUCCUACCCAGGGAGAUAAAGUUGUAGAACUCAUUUACAUUGAUAUUGUGGGACUCACUCAGUUUAAGAAAACCCUUGGUCCAUCGUGGGUACAUUACCAGUGUAUGCUAAGAGUUCUGGAUUCAUUUGGAACCGAACCAGAGUUUAACCAUGCCCAUUACGCACAGUCUAAAGGCCACAAGACACCAUGGGGAAAGUGGAACCUUAACCCCCAGCAGUUCUAUACGAUGUUCCCUCACACUCCAGACAACAGCUUCCUUGGAUUUGUGGUAGAGCAGCAUCUGAAUUCCAGUGACAUCAAACACAUUAACGACAUCAAAAGGCAAAAUCAAUCUCUCGUUUAUGGCAAAGUGGAUAACUUCUGGAAGGAUAAGAAGGCUUAUCUGGACGUCAUUCACACCUAUAUGGAAGUCCAUGGAACUGUUCACGGGACAAGCACAAUGUAUAUUCCUGGCUAUGUAAAAAACCACGGUAUACUCAGUGGGCGGGAUUUGCAGUUUCUGCUGAGAGAAACCAAGCUCUUUGUUGGUCUUGGAUUUCCAUAUGAAGGGCCUGCUCCUUUAGAAGCUAUUGCUAAUGGAUGUGCUUUUCUGAAUUUAAGAUUUAAUCCACCAAAAAGUAGCAAAAACACAGAAUUUUUCAAAGGCAAGCCUACACUCCGAGAGUUAACGUCUCAGCAUCCCUAUGCUGAAGUUUACAUUGGGAAGCCCCAUGUCUGGACUGUGGACAUCAAUGAUCUUUCUGAAGUUGAGAGGGCUGUGAAAUCAAUUUUGAAUCAAAAGAUCGACCCCUAUUUGCCCUACGAAUUUACGUGUGAGGGAAUGCUUCAGAGGAUGAAUGCAUUUAUUGAAAGACAGGACUUCUGUCACGGGCAGGUGAUGUGGCCCCCGUUAAGUGCCCUUCAAGUGAAAAUCGCUGAUCCUGGAAAAUCCUGUAAGCAAGUUUGUCAGGAAAGCCAGCUCAUCUGUGAGCCUUCCUUCUUCCAGCAUCUUAACAAGGACAAAGCCCUGCUUAAGCAUAACAUCGAGUGUCUCACCAUCGAGUCUGUGAAUGACAUUCUGGUCCCCUCCUUUGAUGGCAGAAGGAAGCACUGCGUUUUCCAAGGUGACCUCUUACUGUUCAGCUGUGCUGGAUCCCACCCAACCCAUAGAAGAAUCUGCCCGUGCAGGGACUAUAUUAAGGGACAGGUUGCGCUUUGUAAAGACUGCCUAUAGCAGCAGAAGAGCUUCUUUUGAGUUGAGGACAAAAUGUAAGUAGUUUUGAGAGGAGCUACUUAUUACUUCCUGCACUUUUGUCCAGGUUUUUGGCUGCAGGCAGAGCUAUCAUUGCUGGGCAGAAUUAUCUACUAAGAGAGGAAGGAUUCAUAACAAACAGCUAACUGAUCUUUUUUUUCCUAUAAGAACAUUUGCUGUGUAACUCUUCAAAUUGCUUCAUCUGUUUGCGAAGAGAAAUGAGUUUCGUGUUCUACAGUGAUUUGAAGAUGACUGCACAGAAUAGUUUGUAGAAAAUUCCCACACCCAUCAAACUUCCUUCUUGGUUCUUUGGGUGACGUGUUUUCUAUUUUUUUUAACGAGUUAGAACAUCCCCGACCAUGGUUAGCUAAAGGAUGUCAGCAUCAUUCCAGUAGAAAACUGAAAAAAAGUGUGCUUGGGGGGGUGGGUGCAGGGGAGGGAGGACUACAAUUUAUUAUAGGUGCACUGUUUUGGGGCCUGCUUUAUCUCGAAUGGCUGUAAAGUGGCUUACUUCACAAGAAUUUGGAAUCACAAGAUAGCUCUUUAUCUGUUAUUGGCUUAUCUGGGCCCAGUUCUUCGUUUUUUUUUGUGUUUGUUUGUUUUUAACUUUGUAUUCAACAAGGUAUUGUCUGCACCGUGGCUGCUGCACCACAGCAGCCUGAACAGCGAGCAUCACGAGUGAGCCAACAGGCAGUUGCCAGAGUGUGACACAUCUCGGUGACUCGACGACUGGCUCGGGUGGUGGCGUUCCCCGGGGUGGAACAGCCCCAAGAACGUGCUGCCGCGUCACGGACGGACUCGUCCCAGUUUACUGGUCCCUUUUAGAGAGUGACCCUUGGAAUUUGCCCACGCUUCUGUUGUAGUUUGUCUACUAGAAAUUCUGUGUGAAGCAAAAAGUAUUCAGCAUCUUUGGAGCAAUAUUAUCGUUAGAGCCUCAGUUUGUUGCGCCUUCCAGUAGUUCAAGUGUCGCUGAAUGACAUAGAAAGGUUAAACUAAGCUAACUAUAAUUAUUGUAUGGUAGAAAUGUAAAAUGUCGUCAUAACUAGCUAGGUUUUUUAAAGAGAAACUUUUUCUGAAGAACAAGAGGAGACAAACAACUGGUAAGAAAAGUACUGAUCAAUCUUGGGGGUUGUUUGAUCAUUUUUCUCUUUAGAGGGGAGGGUUUUCUGCUGCUUUUUGGUCUUUAGUUUUUAACGGGCACACCGGUUACAAAAUUAGGAAAAAAAAAAAAAUCAAGAGUCUGAGUUUGAUUUGAAACAGCGGGUUAAAUCUUACUUUCAUAGAGCGGAUUUUUGUUAUUUUCAGCAGAAGGUGGCAUGCCUGACAGCACCAUUUGUAGUCAGGAAGCAAUAUGCUAAGGUUAGUGAGAAACAACUCGGCAGUAUGUUUCGAAAGCAGCCAUCGUCUGCAUGUUCCAAAUUCGGUUGUGCUCUCAUCAUAGUGGAAAAAAUCACAUUGGCAUGAGGGCUUUUUCAUAAAGGUUAAUAUUACCAGAUAAUCAUGAGAAGCACCAAUGAAAAGCAUAGAAACUUCAAAUUUUCCUUUUUUGGAAACAUCUGGUCAGAUUUUUCUUGUAACUGGCAUUCAUUAUCUGUGUGAGCAUUCACGUAUCUCCUGACCAAAGACCAAUCAAGGGAAAUGCCGUGUAAUCUUGGAUAAAUUCUGAGGAGCACAGAGAAGUACCAAUUGAAAGUUUCAAUCUGCGAGCAGUGUUCGCUUUCUCGAGUUUGUUUCUUGCCUCAGCACUCCCGAGGGUGUCACGCUGUACUGCCCGUAGCACUGCUGUGGACUACAGAGGACCUGAAUCCUGAGCUUGCUGAGCAUCCACAAAGCAUCCAUGGGAGAUGCUGAGCAGCAGCAGUACCCCUGACUGGGUUGUGAUGAUAAAAUCUGCUGUAUUUUAGGGUAGUUUUCCAAACCCAGCGCAGUGGGGUCCUUUAAGGGGAGGCAAACAUUUUGUAUGAAAAGAAAACAAACACAAACUAGUCUGAAACUCUUACUGCUAGCAUAUCCCAGCACUUGCUGCAGUCAGCACAAAUGUAGCCUGCAGUUGUUUUAAUGCCCUCGCAAAGCUGGGGGAGGAGGAUUAGAAAUGCCUCUGAGCAGGUGCGACAGUUCGCUUUGUAUUUAUAUAAAAUAUUCCCCACAUAACUGCGUAUUUGUGCAACUGGAAAAUCCUGCGUAUUAAAGGAAGCCCAUGCUUCUACCUGGUGCUGGAAGUCCAGGCGACGGCUGAAUUGGUCGUUUAGUUCAGCCCCAGGUUCUUCAGGCAGGCAUUUCAUUCAGAAGGACAUAUCACAGAAUCACAUCAGAAACGAAGAUGUGUGUGUGUGCACUUACGAAUGCGAACCGCGUCGCUCGGGCUGUAGUGUAAUUCCUUGCUGUAAAUACCGAUGUGCUUGAUGCCCACCGCUCUGCGGCCCACUUGGCAUUCUGCUUUUUAUUUUGCCUCUGAAGUUUUUAUAGAUGGGGAAGGUUUUGUUGUUAUAAGAUUUUCUGGUCUAGUGCUUUGCUCAAUGUUAAGUCUGCAUUUACCACAGCAGGGAGAGUCUAUUAUAAGCUCUGUUUUUGUUGUUGUUUUUUUUUUACAUGCUGUAGCACUAUUUCUUUCUAAUCUACUGAACUGAAUUACUGCAUUCUGGCACAAAUGAAACAGCAAACACCAAUGCCGCUUGCAUUUCAGCCAGAGACAGGCUAUCUGAACUGGCUUGGCGAUCAGUUGGGUCUGAUCCAGUUUCCACUGAAACCUAUGGAGAAUGAGUCCUUAAUCGUAAAGAAAAAAGAAUCGAGGCCUGUAAUUUCAUAGGCCCGUAUUAUUCAUUUUGAACAUAGUCGCUGGACCUCUAUUUUCAGAAGAAAUAUUACUUUCAUGAAAUACAGCUUCAGUCUAAAUUUCUGUAAAAGGAAGACAUACAAGAACUGUAAGUGGAUAAACUUUGAAGUGCUGAUACCGCACUGCCCCGUCCCCAAGCAGCAUUAAUUCGUGCAUUGGUACAUAAGGGAAUCCACCCACAGACAGGCACUUGGCAAAUCCACGUGGGACUACUUAAAAGUUUGAGUGAUUUAGUAAAAUGUGUAAUAAAUCCGUGUUUGAGGAUGGAGGCCAGCCUUCUGUCCACAUUCCAGAACUAUUUUCCUUCCUAACUAAAGGCUAAAGAUGUAGUCCGAGUAUUGCACUUAAGGGUAUUCGAGCUGGGGCUGUGCUACUGGCUGCGGUCGGACAGCUGAGUGUACAGCUUCUUUUACUCCAAAAUCAGGUUUCUGCAUGACUUGCGUUUGAAUAUAUUGACCAGUGAUUGAUGGGGAAAAAUGUCAAAAGUUGCAUAGAAAAACAUUUUACAAGCUUUUAAACAUAUCUCUCAUAUCAAGACAUUCUUUGUUUUGAAAUUUUGUAUUUUUGUAUGUGACCUAGUUUUUUCAAAAGAUCUUGUUCCUACGAGAUUAGAAGACUUGAGAGAAACAUUUACAUAUUUAUUAAAAUUAACAUAAAAUUAUGGCUUGCCUUUGAAAGGUGAAGUUGGUAAAUACACACUGUUUAAAAAUGCCAAUAUAAACCUCAUUUAUUUCAUAUAUGCAAGUUGAUUUGCACAUGUAUAAAUAGAGUUGCUUUUUGCAUUUUUUGCUUAGUUUCUUUGUUUCUUUUUGUACUUUAUAGUUGCAGCUCUGUGUUUGUUUAUAUCAGAUUGUUUCUCCUACAAAUAUUUAAUGUUUAUGUGCCUUUUUUUUUUUUUUAACUUUGGGGUUUGGAUGGGUGUUUUGAAUGUGGACACUGUCUGAACAAGUAUAAUGGAACACUAAUUGCAGGUAAAAGUGGUGCUUGAUGAGCAUAUACCUGUUAGCAGGAUGAGUUUUGAAUGUUUUUACACAGCAGGGAAAUUGGUUCUAAAAAAAAAAUAAAAUACAAGGUAAGGGUUAGUAAGAUAAAAGAAACUGUAACAUAUUAAUGAUUCUUGCAAAAAGUUGGUUCUGCAAGCAAAAUGCCCGUUACUGAAUACCUGUAAUUUGCCAGGCGUGCUCCUGCUAGGAUGGGAUGUCUGUGUAAUGGCCAGAGAGCAGACUAAAGCGGUUACAUUCCCCAGGGAGACAAUGCUAACAAAAAAUACCUGGUAGUCAUACCUGAUUUGAUCAAUAGGAAGAGCUAAGAACUGCGUUCAAGUUGGUGAGGAGCUCGUUUUUUCAGAUGGGGAUGUCUGUAGGAGGAAAUGCAUGGGGUGAGCCAGGUGCCCCUACAGUCCUUUAUGACACCUGAAUUUACAGGUCUCAGUGGAGAGGGACCUCUGGCUGUUCAUCUUACUGCAGGUGAUUUUCCUUUUAAUGCUACUGCUUUGCUGUCAGAAGCACACUUUGCCUGAGAGCUGCUGCCCAGGUCUCGGCAGAAUGGGCCUGUUUGUGGGCAGAGCCAGGAUUCUGUGCAUUCCCUGUCCAGCUCCGCUCCCAAACACUUGUACCGGACUUCAAAACAUGCUUAUUGAAAGCAUUCUGCCUUGUUCAAAGUGUCUGGCAGCUGCAGAUGAGGUUGUUAGCUAUGUCCUCUCUCCUUACCUGGUCACGCUAUUGCUGUCCGUUAAAUCCUACUCGAGGUCCUCGGUUUACCCUUUAAAUGAAAGACUCUCACCCCUCUGAAAAGCGAGUGGCCCCUCUGCGUCAUAAAGGUGAUUUACAAGUUUUCUGCUCUCAACAUAAACAAAGUUCAAAUUGCUUUUUUAAGUAUAAAUUUUGCUCAAGAUACAUUUCAGGACCAGAUUUUGCUCCUAGGAAAAUAAAUUAAAGGGGAUGAAUCAGGCUGGGUGCAAUCUCAUCCAAGUCUAAUUAACUUCACGACUCCCACUGGCUUCAGUGAUAGUGCAACUCCUCCUUUAAUUUCUCCACAAAUUAAAAAAAGCAGCUCUCCCUUUUUAAUAAAGCACUCUGUGCUACAGCAUGGAAAUCAGAUGCAGGUUGCACUGCACGCGUUAUCAGCAACUGGUUCUGUCUCUGCUGUGGCACCUGCCAUCGCCUGCUGGGUUGGUGUUACUUGUUCAGGAGUGUCACUGCAGAACUUGGCUGUCUGUCUGUCCAGCCUACAUUUUGAAGUGCUGGGGGCAGUGGAGGCUGGUUUUUUGUUGUUGCGGUUUUUAAAGAGAGUAUUAGCUCUCCAUUUACGGUUUUACAGUCUUUUUUUUCCAGGGGUGCUAACUUUUUUGGCAUGGCUAUUCCUUUGUGAUGUUUGCCCUACGGCUGCUAUGCCUUCAGCUUACAACUUGUGAUUUCCAUUUGUAGUUCUCUGAUCCCGUCGUUUUAGGGACCACUGUAAAGUCAAGGAGAGCAAUGCACUGACACAUGUAUGUUUUCUCUUCAGGCUGAAGGGGCCUGGGACAGAUACAGUUUCCUUUAGAUGUGCUUUAAUACUGCUGUAAAUGUAACAUCAAAACCUGUUUUAUGGGCAGUGACUUAGCUCGUCUUCACAUUUUUAAACAGCUCUAUAGUGUGUUUUUUUUUAAAGUUAGUUUUUAACUUCCAGAUAUUAUAUUUAAAUGGAACAUGUAAACAGCAAGCUCUGUGUAUCGAGUGUGAAAUGUUUACUGUAGGAAUGUGCUGAAAAUACCAGGGGCUGAACCUCAGAUUUGAGGCAUUGUUUGUGGUCUUUUUCCAGGGAAAAACAAAAUGCAACCAUUGUAGAUGUAUCUUGUAAUCCUUCACAUAUCCACCUAAUGAAAACCAGUAGUAGCUUUUGAUUCAGCAGGCCUCGCAACAGCACUAAGCCACCUGCUUAUUAAAUGGGUAAAUCAAUCAGGUCCUUAAGUAUUGAUAAAAUGAGUCAUAACCCCACGGCCCACACACACAGCACUAAAAACAUGCUCAGCUGUAACCAAAUCAGAAGCACCUUACUCUGCUGGGGACUGGGGUGGGCAUCCUGCACUGAGACUCCGUGUCCCUUUAUCGAAGGCAUGGGAGCAGCAUCCCUCAGGGUGCACAAGGGCUUGCAGAACUGAUGCAUCACGGACCCUGCUGUCCCCACGUUUCUCAGCAAGGGUGAAACGCGCUGCUGCCUCCCUGUACCAGGGAAAGAUGCCCAGAUCGCAGUGCGCUGAGGUGCCUGCAGGCACCGGCCAGCCCUCAGGUGGCACGGCCUGCCUCGAUCCUAGCAGCUGCAAAGGAGUUCAAGGUAUCACACAGGUACACGAUAAAUCAAGUUAAUCUAAUCGACUGCUGUCUGAAGGCAGUUCAUUUUAAUAGGGUUAUGCCCACAACUAAUUUGUUAUGGUCAUUAACAAGGCUGUAGCGCUACAAUGACAGUGAAAACCAUUUUUAAGAAGCCCUGGGUUUAUUUGGUUUUCACAAAGAAGUAUAGUAGAGGAGGAGGAAAUGGCAGUGUUUACCAAAGGGAAAAAUAAAUAUUUUUGAGAAGGAUUACCCUGAAGAUUCUAAGAGAGAAAUGACAAAAAUAGGGGAAUACUCACAAAACUAGUUUAAGAAAUUAGUUUAAGCUUAGAGAGGUUUGUCUCCUGAAGCUUGUUUGGCUGGCCACUGUAGGGUCAGCCUCUGGAGGGUAACGUGGGGCAGCUCUCUGGGCUCUGCUCUGAUUCAUCCCCUGGAGGAGUCUCUCCAUGGGCAAAGGCUGUAAAAUUCUGACUAAUCCCCAUAGCACCAUAAAUGGGAGAAAACAAAACAAAAACUUACUGAAUCUGUAAAAAUAAAAAGCUGUUUUUUUCAGGUAGUAAUUUGGAAUCAGUGAGAGUUUUUAGGUGUCUGUGAGCUGGCUGGUACCACGUGUGUUUGGUCUGAAUCUCUCCUAAAAUCUUGAUUCUUUGUUGUAUUUAAAUGCUUGUGUUCCACUAUAUUUUGUUCAAGCAGUUUGAUUCCAAAAGAACAGAACACAGUGGUUCGCAUACUGUCAAGUUACUGGGGUUCAGUAGGAUGGGAUUAUUUUAUUUUGUUUUUUAGAAAAGUAAAUGUCUGUACUUUAAUGGCAUAGACAAAUGCUUUGUUUUCACUGUUGUAGAAAAAAAACUAGGGAGAACUUUAUUUUUCAAUAAACUUUUUUCUUGUGUGAUUUGGA